UUUAACAUUUAUUGAGACUGACCAAGCUAAUGUAACUUGUGUGACCUAUUGUGUGAGGAUAGAUCUUGAUAUGUAACUGGAUUCAAUCUUUAAAUCUCAAUAACAUUGAAAUGUCUGAUUUAAAGGUGGAAAAGUUAAGGCCUCGAGUGAGUUAUCAGCAUAAAAUUUUUGUAACAAACACUCGACCACAAAUUGAUGAAAAAAUUAAAAUAAAUUGGCUUUUAAUUCAAUUCUUUACUAAUUGUUCGCUAAAAAGUAAAAUUAUUUGGAAUGUUAGUGUUAUUAUACUGAUUGUAAUUCCUAUUAUUGCUGCUUUAUCCAAACAUAACUUUUCGUUUGAAACAAAUUUGGAUCGUAUUUUGACCUUAAAUGCUUCAUCAGAAUAUUUAUUUUUGUUUUAUCUUAUACUCUUUCAUCAAUGGACCUUCAGAGAAUCAGUUGUUAAUCAAAUAAACCAACUUUGGUCCAACAUAAAUUUACCGGCUAAUCAACGAAUCGAGCGUUUCUUGUUUAGGGAAAGAUCGAUAUGCGUAAUUAUGACCAUUGCUUACAUUUCAUCUGGAUUACUGCAUAAAAUAACGUCGGAAGAACAUCAAUUUGUCGACUGGAUCUCAACACUGAAAAGUGUCUACUCUUUUGUUCAUUUCUUGGCAUUUGCAGUAUUUUAUUGUUGCUUGUAUUUUCAAUUUCUCAUUGAAAUGGUAAUUCUAUUAACUGCUUCAUUUGAUCAUGUUAACUAUCUGGUUGAACUGCAAGUUGAAAAUGGUCCAACUUUGAAUGAAAUUAGAUCUAUUCGUCGUCUUUACUCUGAUAUUGUCCAGUUAACUGAUUAUGUUGCAGAGUCACUUAAAAUUUUCGUUACCUUGAUCUAUUUAAACACGGCAUAUCGUAUUGUUAGCAUUUCUUAUACAAUGUUCAUUAGUGAAUACACAAUUACAACUACUUAUUGGAAAGCCUUGGCCUUUAUCAUCGGACCUGUCCUCGUCUUAUUCAUGACCUUUCGGAUAAUCAAAGUUAAUAUAUCGGCAUAUUCAUCUUUUGAUGAUUAAUAUUCAUUAACGCCUUAUGCUACUACAAAAGAGAUGAAAUUUGAGUUAUUAAUGUUCAUCCAUAGAGUUGCAAGGAAUGAUGUUGGACUGAAGUUUUGCAAAUCAACGCUAAUUGGACCGAACUUUUUCUCAACUCUUUUAACCAUUUGCAUAGC